UCCUCCUCUCCUCUCUUGCUCGCUCCUUGUCAAACGUUGCCGGUCCCGAGCCCCCUCGCUUCGACGCCACACCAGUACUCGCUAUAAAUGCACGCACAUACAGCCAGCCAGCCAGCCAUUGGAGGUUCCAUUCCAUUCUCUUCAGCCUCGUAGCCCCACUCACUCACCGGCUCCAGCUUCUUGUUCUUCCUCUUCUUCGUUGUCUUCUUCUUCGUAUCUCAUUCUGUCUGCUCCUCUCCGUGCUGAACCAGAUGGCGAAGGCGAGGAGGCGUCGCGUGCCGGCGUUCGGGGAGUGGAACUACAGCUACCACCACGACGAGCCGGAGGCGGCGGCGGCGACCGCGUGCUACGCCACGCCAGAGCCGGAGGCCUGCAGCGACGUGUGGUUCAGGUACUCACCGCCCCCGCGCAAACCCAUGCCCAAGAAGCAGGCGAUGAGGCGGUCCGAGGGCGACGUGUCCCGGGAGCGCUCGACGGCCAAAGGCGGCGACUCCAGGCGCGUGGUGCGGCCGGUCGACGGGGACCUGUACCAGGUGCCACCGCCGGAGCUCGCCCCCCACCGGGGGCCGAGGAAGACGGGGGGCCUGUGGAUGGGAUGCCUGGGCCUCAGCUCAUGCGUCGACUGA